AAUAUUCACCCAAAAAGUCCGAACCAUCUAAGUUUGGAAAAAAUUAUCGUGUGGAAACUUUUGUGAUGUAAAUUUUCUAUUUAAUUAAUUUUAAAAAUAUCUUGUUUCCUAUCUAUCGCAAAUUUGUAACUACUUGUAGAAAUAAAAGUAAAAGUUGUAGGCAUAUCUGAAUUCGAGGAAAACCUUGUCGGCAUACAAAUUGAAUUGUGCAUGUAUUUAUUCUACUUUUUACGAAUGGACAUUUGAAAGAUCUAUCGAUGUGUAAUUCCGAAGACACUUCUUACAUUGAAAAGUUAGGUUACCUACAGUUGAGCGAUGAAACUUCAAAUGAACGCAUUCUGGGUCCUCGACCUGAGAUUCAGGUUACCCCAAGAUCCUCCAGUAGAUCUCUUGGAACAAUUGAAAGUUUUCUGGAAGCAGCACCUGACACUUGUCGAUCUACAGUUCCAGUUGCUGAUUACAAAAUAUAUGAACGUGAAAAUAUCAUAGCGGCUUCCCGCUUUGCCACACCGAAAUCAAUAGACCAACAACACAUUCAAAGUCGCUCAAAUAGUCAGCAAGCUCCAGUUUAUGAAAAUAUCGACUUUUAUCCUCAGCAGUCGCAAAACUAUCCGCCAUAUUAUCACUCAGUUGAAUCAAAAAAAAGUCCUCGAAACAGUCCCAGAGAUUCCAUAGUGAGUGAUUCUUAUGACAUUGGUUUUAGAAAAGCUCAAUCUCAAAUGCCAAUAGGGAAUCGUUAUCAAUCGGCAUCUCCUGCGAAGGAUCUUCCACCGUACGAAGCACCUCCUGUUUAUGAAAACAUUCAGGAAGUGCACUUUGGUGAUGGCAAUCCAAGCCGGCCGUGUGCUAGUUACUACCCGGCUAAUAUAAAUGGAAGUGACUAUGUUGUUAUGACUGGAAAGAUUCCGGGGUCGAGAAAUUCAGCCCAAAGUUCGGGCUCCUCGUACACACAAUUCCAAAGAGCUCGUGGUCAAAGCUAUGAUGGUUCUAACAUUCAAUGCUCCGGAAUUUCUUCUGAAAAUUCCUCAUGUAGAAAGUAUUUGCCUCCUUCUUCCAACUCAUUGUCUUUUGCGGACAAUCAAUCCGGAAGAAAUGCAUACGUCCCCCCCUCGGAACUUCAAACCAAUAAAAACUUCACUUAUCCUCUUGAUCAACAACCGCAGCAACACUCCUCCAGAUCUAAUUUACCUUAUCACAGUGAAUCUCCCACUAGAAUGCAAAUAGAAUCACAGCAGUAUCAUCGAUCCUCCUCUAUGGAUGGCAGUACAAAUCAUGUCCCCGGGCAAACGUCCAUUGAUGGCAAUAGUUCUCAAGUUCAGUUUCAUCAAGAAAAUUUACAACCCUAUAAGUAUACCAACUACCAUGGAGAUUCUCAAUCGAAAACUUCUCAAGGCUAUGGAACCUCUUCUCGUUCUGGAGAAUCUAUUACUUACAAAAAUUCACAAUGUUGCUCACCAGUCCGAGGCUCUAUAUCUCAAAUUGAAAGACAUUAUCGUCCUCAGGAAAGUCCAGGAGAACUGUCUUCUAAAAGCUCGUCCAUGUACUAUUCCCUAAAUCGAGCGGGCGAAAGUCGUCUUGGAACACAAAAUGAUAGAAACUUUGGAUUAGAUAAUUCCGAGUCAUCAUCUUUAUCACAAAAUUCUUCAUUAUUUUUAGCAACUCGUAGUGACACAAAGCAAAAUGUUCCAAAUAACGGUGUUGCGGUAAGUUCUCCGAAAGCUAGUCCCACACAUCAUAUUUUAGUGGCAUCUGGAUUAGAAUCCACUGUUUCAUCUGGUGCUCCACUGGACAAUCCUCUUCGAGGUCAAGUACAUGCUCCUGUUACAAGUGCUUCGACUGCUUCAGGACACGACCUUGUAAUCCAUAGACCAAGAAUUACGAGUCUUCCACCUGGUGUUACAAGUGGAGUUGCUGGUCCAGUGUUUCUUAAUGCAGGAGUACCAAUACUUCAAAGAUCGACAGAGCCAAACGUGGAGUACUCAGAAGACAUUAGUCCAGCAAUUAAAUCACUAUCUGGAAAAGGACUGUUACCAUAUAAUGUUACUCCUCCUAGACCUUCGGGACCUACUGAAGCAGAAAGGAAGAUUGAAGAACUGACUCGUCAACUUGAAGAAGAAAUGGAAAAGCAAGAAGAAGAAGGAGAAUAUUUUGGUAUUUGUCAUACUUGUGGAGAAAAAGUUACCGGAGCAGGACAAGCAUGUCAAGCAAUGGGAAAUCUGUAUCAUACAAACUGUUUUAUUUGUUGUUCAUGUGGAAGAGCUCUACGUGGAAAAGCAUUUUACAAUGUUCAUGGUCGGGUAUAUUGUGAAGAGGACUAUCUUUAUUCUGGGUUUCAACAAACUGCUGAAAAAUGUGCAAUUUGUGGUCACUUAAUAAUGGAAAUGAUUUUGCAAGCGAUGGGGAAAUCAUAUCAUCCAGGAUGCUUUAGAUGUUGUGUUUGUAAUGAGUGUCUUGAUGGUGUUCCGUUCACCGUGGACGUAGAUAACAAAAUAUAUUGCGUAAAUGAUUAUCACCGCAUGUUCGCUCCAAAAUGUGCUUCUUGCGGCAAAGGAAUUACACCUGUAGAGGGGACAGAAGAAACAGUUCGAGUUGUGUCGAUGGACAAAGAUUUUCAUGUAGAUUGUUAUGUAUGUGAAGACUGUGGAAUGCAAUUGACAGACGAACCUGAUAAACGAUGUUAUCCGUUAGAAGGAAGAUUGAUGUGCAGAGCUUGCCACAUUCAGCGAAUAUCACAUACCCAACCGAGAGCUCCUCAACCUGUGUCGGCUAGUUAUCAAUUUAUGGGUUGAAUAUGACAAAAACUAAUUAGUUCUUGUAAACUGCGCAAUAAAUAACCUACCGAAACAUAA